CGCGCGCGGACUAAGUGGGCUCCAGGCGCAAGCGCCUGCGCGCUGUGGGCGCUGGUGCAGGACAGCUGGCGCCGGCAGCAGCGGAGGGGCUGGAGGUGGCGGCGGUGGCGUCCCGAGCGUGCUACGCUGCAGGGAGCUGCAGUAGCCGUAGCCCCCGGCGCCGAAGGAAGCUCAGCUGCGGAAGGACCCUUCCUCGCUUUUGGAAAUGGCGGGUGAAAUCACAGAGACCGGGGAGCUCUAUUCACCCUACGUGGGACUGGUGUACAUGUUUAACCUCAUCGUGGGUACCGGCGCGCUCACCAUGCCCAAGGCCUUCGCCACCGCUGGGUGGCUCGUCAGCUUGAUCAUGCUGCUGUUCCUGGGCUUCAUGAGCUUUGUGACAACUACCUUUGUGAUGGAGGCUAUGGCAGCAGCCAACGCUCAGCUCCACUGGAAGAGGAUGGAAAACCACCAGGAGGAGGAAGAUGAGGACUCCUCCACAGCCUCUGACAGUGACAGUCUCAUCCAGGACAACUACGAGCGGGCCGAGAAACGGCCCAUCCUGUCUGUGCAGAGACGCGGAUCUCCGAACCUGUUUGAAAUCACAGACCGGGUGGAAAUGGGACAGAUGGCCUCCAUGUUUUUCAAUAAAGUGGGGGUCAACUUGUUCUAUUUCUGCAUCAUCAUUUACCUGUACGGGGACCUGGCCAUCUAUGCUGCCGCCGUGCCCUUCUCCCUCAUGCAGGUGUCCUGCAGCGCCGCUGGCAACGACUCCUGUGGUGUGGAGGCCGACACCAGGUUCAACGACACGGACCUGUGCUGGGGGCCCCUGCGCCGCGUGGACGCCUACCGCAUCUACUUGGCUGUCUUUACUCUCCUGCUGGGACCCUUCACCUUCUUUGACGUCCAGAAAACCAAGUACCUGCAGAUCCUGACCUCCCUGAUGAGAUGGAUCGCUUUCGCCGUCAUGAUUGUGCUGGCCCUGGUCCGCAUCGGGCGCGGGCACGGGGAGGGGCACCCGCCCCUGGCCAACUUCUCCGGGCUCCGGAACCUGUUCGGGGUGUGUGUGUACUCCUUCAUGUGCCAGCACUCCCUGCCUUCCCUCGUCACGCCCAUCUCCUCCAAGCGCCACGUCACACGCCUGGUCUUCCUGGACUACGUGCUGAUCCUGGCCUUCUACGGCCUGCUGUCCUUCACCGCCAUCUUCUGCUUCCGCGGGGACCGCCUCCUGGACAUGUACACCCUCAACUUCGCGCGCUGCGACGUGGUGAGCGUGGCCGCCGUCCGCUACUUCCUGGGCCUGUUCCCUGUCUUCACCAUCAGCACCAACUUCCCCAUCAUCGCCGUGACCCUGCGUAACAACUGGAAGACCCUCUUCCACCGCGAGGGGGGCACGUACCCCUGGGUGGUGGACCGGGUGGUGUUUCCCGCCAUCACCCUGGUGCCCCCAGUGCUGGUAGCCUUUUGCACGCAUGACCUGGAGUCCCUGGUGGGCAUCACGGGCGCCUAUGCGGGCACCGGCAUCCAGUAUGUCAUUCCUGCCUUCCUGGUAUAUCAUUGCCGCAAGGACACCCAGCUGGCCUUCGGCCACGGGACCAUCAACAAGCACAGGUCCCCUUUCCGCCACACCUUCUGGGUGGGCUUUGUGCUGCUCUGGGCCUUCUCCUGCUUCUUCUUCGUCACCGCCAACAUCGUCCUCAGCGAGACCAAGCUCUGAUGGCGGGACAUGUCUGCUGACAAGGGGGGUAGGGGCCCCAGCCUGGCCCCGCUCGGCCCUCCGCGCCUGCAGAGCCAAAAUCUAGUUGCCUCCCAGGUCUUCCUGAGGCAGGCACGACCCAGGCUCUGGGAAGGGACCCUGCACAUGUCUAGCUGGGGAUCCUCUCCCCGUCCCAGCUUCCCUGCAGCCUGCGCCUCACCUCACUUGCCAGGGCCACCCCAGCUGAGCCGCACAACUGGGCACGCCACUGCUCCCAAUUCCAGGACUGGUUACUGGAAUCGACCCCCUGCUUUACACACGUGCCCCACCAAAACCACCACCAGGGGUGGGCUCCUCUCCCUGCACGGUGGUAACGCAGUGCUGGCACUGCCACUAUUUAUAUCAGAUGCCAUGUCCCCCGCCUCCCUCCCAGCUCCCUCUCCUGUCCUGGCUUGGGAGGUGUCCACGAGAAGCGGCCGCCG